AGUGAAUAGAGAAAAAAGAAAAGAAACAGUGAUUAAAAUGAAAGAUGCACAGAGCAGGAAGGAAGUGGAGAAGAAAAUAGAGGAAAUGAAAUUACACAGGAAGAAAGUACAAUCGGUACAAAUAUUAAGAGGAAACAGAGUACUUAUUAAAACAGGGAUUUUGAAAUAGAAAGAGAAAAGAAAAUAAAACCAAAACUGGAGAUACAGGGCGUCAGGAAAGGGACGAGUGAGGAAAGCAUGAUGGAAGGAAUUGAAAGAGCAGUAGGAAAGAAAGUCAGAAUGGAAGACGUAAAAAUAGUCAGAAGAUACAACUGCAGGAAUUUAAUCAGGGAAAAUAUUAUAUUCAGCAUAGAGGGAGAAAUUUUUAGAAAACUAAUGAAAGAAGAAAAAGUAGAAAUAGAUGGUGAAAGGUGUUUCGUAAAGGAGAACUUUAGCACCGAAAUCUGCUACAGAUGUUGUAGAUUUGGGCACAUCGCAAAACAUUGUAAGCAAGAGUGGGAAAUAGUUUGCUAUAGAUGCGCUGGAAAGCAUGAGGGAAGGGUGUGUAAAAAUGAGGAUUGGGCAUGCACCAACUGCAAAUUUCAAGGUUUAGAAUAUGAGGGACAUGGAGCGCUAGAUUGGGAAUGCGAGUCGCUGCGGCGGAGGAUCAGGAGCAGCAAAAGACUGAUAGAAUAUGGGAACGAGCAUUAAAUUUGUUAUGCUAAAUGCGGGGAGAGGGAGGGAGGCGACGGAUUUGUUCGCAAGGAAACUGGAAAAGGAGAAGAUAGACAUAGGUAUUUUGCAGGAAAUAUACCACGGAAAGAUAAAUAUAAAAGGAUACAAAACAUAUAGGGUGGAGGAUGGAAAAGUAGCGAUUUUUGUGAAGAAAGAAACUAAGUUUUUGCCCAGUUACCUCGGUGGAUGUGGGGUGAACCAUUUACA